AUGGCUGCGCCUGAGGGUGACGAAGCCGAUUUACUGAACAAUGAUGAUGGCUACAAAGCUCCUGAAAAAAAGACGAUAGAUGAAUUAGUCAAAUUGGAUGCGGAGGACAGCAGUCUUCAACGAUACAAGGAGUGUCUUCUUGGCGGAACCAAACUUGUGAAUCCUUUCCCGGAUGAUCCGAGAAAGUUUAUAUUGGCUAAACUUGAGAUCUGCGUCUGCGGCGGACCCACUCAUGAAUUUGAUUUAAAGAAUUUAGAUGGCCUUAAAGAUAAGCCGAUUGAGAUGGUGGAAGGUUCGCAGUACCAUGUCCAGGUCACAUUUUAUGUCCAACAUGAGAUUAUUUCUGGUCUCCGCUAUGCCCAGAAAACCACCAAAAGCGUCCUUAGGUCGGUGGACAAGGUAAUGCUGGGCAGCUAUGCCCCGCGGGCGACGCCUUACGUGUGGCGCUCGGAGGACGAGGAGGUGCAGUCAGGUGCGCUAUUCCGAGGGCACUACAACGUCACCAGUGUCUUCACCGACGAUGACGAGCAGGAGCACCUCAAAUUCAGGUGGGCCAUCAAGAUCGUCAAGUCCUAG